AUGGAUUCUCCCACGUCCUCUUCGACCGUUGCCAAUUUUUAUUACAAAGAGUUUUUAGCCGAUGAGGGUGAGUCGACCGAUGAGGAGGUCGAGCAAGAGGCGGUUACGAGUAUAAUAAAUAUGUAUUGUGCCCGUUAUCUGAGAAAGCCUACAUGGUACGACCUUCAACAAAUUUACGAGGUCCAUUCUAAUCUCCAUGGUCUACCGGGCAUGAUCGGGAGCUUGGAUUGUCGCCAUUGGCGGUGGUAUAAUUGUCCGACCGCACAGCGAGGUCAACACACACGAGGUGACCAAGACAGACCAUCUGUUAUUCUUCAAGCGGUUGCCUCACAGGACCUUUGGGUUUUGUCGGCUUACUUUGGUGUCACGGGGUCAUGCAAUGAUAUAAACGUUUUCGAACAAUCUCCAUUGGUAGAGGACUACAUUUCUGGUAGAGCUGCAAAAGAAUCUUUUUAUGCAAAUGGAAACUACUAG